AUGUAUAGAACUAAAUAAUCAUUUAGUGAGUAUGACUCAUCCAAUUUGAACAAUUCUAAAAUGAUAACUCAAAAAUAUCAGAAUCAAUAAUAUUAUAAUGAUAAUAGUGGGAGAUUAGGAAUAGCUUUACCUGAAUUGCAAAAAUAUUAAAAAUAGUGCUUAUAAUAAUCAAAUCCUUCUUAACGAAGUGAAUUUGAAAGAGAUAUGGCAUGGACUAAGAAAUAUAUUAUAAAAGAACAAAAAAUCCAACAUAAUAGAAGAAUCAGAUAGAAAUUAGAUUCAGAUAAUUCAUUUAGCCAAAAUUAUAGUGUUGAUGAUUAAGUAAGAAUGAGAAGAAAAGCUAAUUUAUCUUCAUAUAUGUUUGGUGGAUUUGUUCUACAGGAUUAUAAUGAAUAAGUUAACAAAUUACAUAAAUUAUUGUUAAAGAAAGUUAUUCUAAAUAGAUGA